UCUGUGGAAGGUUUGUCUCCGCCCCCAGAAGCCCUAUGGCAAGUUUUCGUGCCCGACGCAAAUACGUCCGCAUUCUCAGCAACAUUCAGUUUAACACAUUCAACUGAAUUCUGUGGAAUCAAACCAGAAAUGGUUUCCCCGGUCUCAGUGGUGAAGAACGAGGGCCCCAAACUGCUGCCCUUCUUCAAGGCCAUCUGCAUGUACUUCGCCCUGUGGCUGCCCACCUCCAGCCCGUCUUGGAUCAGUGCGCUGGUCAAGUGCCUCCCCAUCCUCUGCCUGUGGGCCUUCCUCCUCGCCCACGGCACCCGCUUCCUGCUGGCCCGCUCCGCCGCCCGCAAGAUUUUGGCCGGCCUGGUCUUUUCCGUGCUGGGCGACGUCUUUCUGGUCUGGCAGGAGGAUGGCUACUUCAGUCACGGGCUGCUGAUGUUCGCUGUCGCCCACGUCCUGUACUCCUCUGCUUUUGGGAUGAGACCCCUGAACCCACUGGCAGGGGUGGUGGUGGCCUUCCUGUCCCUGCUCAGCUACAUUAUCCUGUACCCGUGCCUGUUCGGGCCAUUCACCUACCUGGUGGGCGUGUACGUCGCGCUGAUUGGCCUCAUGGGCUGGCGGGCCGUGGCCGGGGUUCAGCUGGCCAAUGACCUGUGGACGUGGACCCGCCUGUCAGCCUGCCUGGGGGCGGGGUUCUUCAUCGUCUCCGACCUCACCAUCGCCGUGGACAAGUUCUGCUUCCCUGUGCCCAACUCACGCGCCAUCGUCAUGGGGACCUACUACGCCGCGCAGAUGCUGAUUGCCCUGUCUGCUGUGGAGUGCCAGGAGGCAGAGGCAUCGCGGAAGAGGGGAUGAAGUGGGGGCCUCGCCCUGUUCCCUAAAAAGUUAUGGAACGCCUCAUGUUAAAGGCAUAGAGACUACAUCUGUGACCCCCCACACAUGUUGUCAAUAUUGUACACCAGUAAUUCCAUGGAGAUGGAGAGGUGUUUAUAGAGUACACAGUCUGUGAGGCAUAUAGAGCACAGUCUGUGUUACAUACAGUACCGUACAAUAUACUUUAUUGUCCCCGUGGGGAAAUUGGUUUUUGACUCAAAUGCUGCACACAUAUAGCUGCCUCCAUUGUAGUAAUAAUAAAAAACAACCAACAUAAGCAAAUCACAACCACAAAUUACACAUAUUGCACAUAUUACACAACCAGUGAUAAGAACACCAUGAUCGCACAACCCCUGCAGCCUCAAGCAACAUUAUUUAAAAUUUUAAUUGAGGUAGGCACAAAUGAGUUUUUAAAAACGGUUGAGUGUUACAUUGGGGUACUCUAUAUCGUCUGCCAGAGGGUAAGAGCUGAUAUUCGGUGUGGAGAAUAUGAGAUGGGUCAGACAAUAUUCUCUGUGCUUGCCUGAGAACAGACUGCUCAUAUAUUGACUGGAGGGGAGCAGCAGCACAUGAGUCCUGGUCGCAAGCAGGGCAACGCCCCCGGAAAGUGUCCAUGAAGAUCCAUGCACAUGUACAGGAACACAGUGUGUACUGCAUACAGAUACUGUCUGUGUUGUAUGGUGGCAACCUGUACACACAAAAAGCACACAGUAACUGUGCUAUUGCAUCCGCAGUCUGAACUGCGUGCACAGCAGUCACACGGUGUCAGUUUUGCUGUGGAACUGUGCUGACACUCAGCAGUUCGGAAACCUCAUGUGCGUUUGUGGGUGACUGGCCACUCUGAUUGAAAUUCUUUCAAGACAGUGCUUACUCAACAUUUGCAUGCAUAUGUUCUUUCGUUUCAGCACUUUUCUUGUCAGCAGUGUUUCAAAGUUUACUGUCGUUUGUCUUGUGGCAGAGCACUGUGCCCACAGAGAGCAGUGGAUGCACAGACUGAAAUACUGGCUCUACUGUUCCUAGCAUGACUAGGCUAACCUCAGCCGUCAAUUCUCACUUGAGCAUGGGACAAUUGUUUGUUCUCAACAAACCCAGGUUAUGCUAGUAAAUGGUAAAUGGUAAAUGGACUGCAUUUAUAUAGCGCUUUUAUCCAAAGCGCUUUACAAUUGCUGCCUCUCAUUCGCCAGAGCAGUUAGGGGUAAGAUGUCUUGCUCAAGGACACUUCGACACGCCCAGGGUGGGGUUUGAACCGGCAACCCGCCGACUGCCAGACAAUCGCUCUUACCUCCUGAGCUAUGCUGCCCCCAUAGUCAUUUGAUAUCCGAAUGAUCCGAAUGAUCUGUAGCUCCCAUGAUUGAAUAUUGAAAUAAUCAGCCUGGCCCCCUUCUCCCCUGCGCCCCCUUUUACUUCAUGACUCACUACAAACAGCCGCUCUCAAUUUCAAACAAGAAUAUGAAAACUGCAAUUGAAAUAAUACCAGUUAUUUUAUGUAGCGCUCCUGUCUGUCCUUCAUGAAUGCUAAUGAUAACUGAUCAGGAUUUCUGUGCUUUUGUUGUUAAAUAAGAAGCUUUAGGAUAUUUGUUCCAGAAAAUGAUUAAUGAUUACAUGAUUGACUGUCAAAAUAAUGAUACAUUAUUAUGCUUUGUGGUUUUUAACAGCCUGGCUUUUUUUAAGUGAUUAUGAAGGGAAGCAUGGUAGAGAUGGAAUUUUUAUUUCAUUAUGGUACAAGCCAGCCUGAGACGUUGUGAGAGAUGAUUUCUGAUAGAGAUAAUAUUGAUAACACACAAAUACAAAUGAUGACUAAUUAAAAGACUUCAAGUAUUUCAACUGA